AUGAUGAACCACAAAGAAUUAUUAGGUGUCUAUGUUACCAACAUCUCAUUAAAAGCAACACAAAAGACAGUAUCAGACUUUUUUAGCUUCUGUGGAAAGAUCAAUGAAUUAAGUCUCCAAGUCGAUUCAACAGGACAAGGUCAAGAAGCAGUAGUUGUUUUCGAUUCCGAGUCUGCUGCCAAGACUGCUUUAUUACUUACCAAUGCUUUAAUAGUUGACAAGGUUAUUACUGUCGUACAAUAUACUUCAAAUAUUUCAUUUGCUAAUGAAGCUCCACAUAUUGAAGGACAAGAUGAACAGCAACAACAACAACCACAAGUAGCUGCUGUUGAAGGACAAGAACAAUUACAAUCACAAAAUAAUGUACCAGCUGAUGAAAGAAGUAAAACAUCAGUAGUUGCAUCAUUAAUUGCAGCAGGAUAUCAAUUGGGAAGUGAAACAGCAACAAAGGCACGUCAGUUUGAUGAUGAACAUAGCCUUUCAUUGAGAAUCAAGGUUGGUGCCGAGAGUGCCAAGGCCUCGGUUCAAGAGUUUGACCAAAAGUUCCAUAUUAGUGAAAAUGCUGCUGCCAUCAAGACAGUAGUUGUUGAAAAGGUUGGAGAGAAUGCUACUGUUGUCAAGACUGUAGUUGUUGAAAAGGCCAAGCAAGUCGACGACAUGUUCCAAAUAUCCGACAAGUUUAAGGCUGCCACAGAUGCCCUCUCGCUACAAGCUACAUCGGCAUUUGCCAAGGCCCAAGAAAAUCAAACCGUUUCCUCUGGUGUCUCUUUCUUUUCCAGUUUAUCUACUAGCAUUAGAAACGUCCAACAAUCAGUCACCACCAGAGUCCAACAACAGGUUCAACAAAUUUCAGAUGAAACAAAGACUCGUAUUGAUGAAAUCGACGCUGAAAAGAAACAACAACAACCAACAGAAAAUGAUAGUUUACUCGGUCAAAGAGGUGCCGAAUAUGAUGACCCACAACAACCAUUACAACCAGUCGUUGAAAUCAAUCAUGAAAUUAAUAACAACAACAACUAUAACAAUGGUGAAAUUUAA